AUGCAGUACAAAAACCCCAGGUUCUUUGCAUUGAUGGAUUUAGAUGAUGAGGGGAGAUUAAAGAAUGUCUUUCGGGCAGACCCUCGUAGUAGGGCAGCAUAUCAGUACUUCGGUGAUGUGGUCACUUUCGACACCACAUAUCUAACGAAUAGAUAUGGUAUGCCAUUUGCACUAUUUGUUGGUGUAAACCACCACGGCCAGUCAAUUUUGUUGGGCGCAGGAUUGAUAUCCAGUGAGGAUACGGAGACGUUUGUGUGGUUAUUCCAGACUUGGUUGCAAUGUAUGGAUGGUAUAGCUCCGAGAGCUAUUAUCACAGAUCAGGACAAAGCGAUGAAAAAUGUGAUUGCCAUUGUAUUUCCAGAAAGCCGACAUCGCUUUUGUUUAUGGCAUAUAUUGAAGAAAGUCCCCGAGAAGCUUGGCUCCCAUGUUUUGUUCAAAAGUGGCAUGAAAACUUCUUUGAUGAAAUGUGUGUAUGACACCCAAAGUGUGGAAGAGUUUGAAAAUUGUUGGGAGCAACUAAUCACCACAUAUAACUUGCAUGAGAAUGCUUGGCUGCAAAGUUUAUAUGAUGAGCGUGAGCAUUGGAUGAACUUGAAAGAGUUUGUCGACCAGUUUGACAACGCGUUGAAAAAGAAAAUUGAGAAUGAAACUGCCGCGGACUUUCACUUAUUUAGUGUUACAAUUCCCUGUAUAUCUAGAUCUCCAAUUGAAAAGAGAUUUCAAGAUCUAUACACGAAUGCUAAAUUUAAAGAAGUUCAACAGCAAAUUACUGACAUUAUUGAUAUGGAUCCAAAGUUACUUAAGAGGGAUGGUACAAUAAAGACUUAUCUUAUAGAGGAUGAAGUUCAGGUGGAAGAGUUCACUAAGCCGGUUACACACUAUAUGGACUUUAGUGAGGAAGAUAUAGCUGCAAAGUGUUCAUGUGGGUUGUUUCAGAUAAGAGGGAUAUUGUGUAGACACAUUUUGGCAAUAUUCAAAAGUAACGGGAUUAAGUAUGUGCCAAAUAGGUACAUUAUAGAUCGAUGGAGAAAGGACAUCAAAAGGAGGUACACGUUAAUUAGUAGCAGCCAUGAUGCAGAGGAUAAUCAGGCAGAUGUAAAUAGAUAUUCAAGUCUGUUAAAUAUAUGUUAUCAGAUGAUUACUGAUGCAGCAGGUUCAAAAAUCCUUACUAAGGAUGCAACUACAAAAUUGUAUGCAAUAAUUGACUUAUAUCGUUCCAACCAAGAACUCCCAUCGAUCACCCUAAUGGGUUCUAAUGAUGGUUGGACGAUAAAGGACACAACUGCAGUUGAUAGUUCAAAGCAAGUACUCAGUCCGAAUGUUGUGAGAGGGAAAGGUAGACCUCCAUCUCUGAGGAGAGCAUCGAGGAUGGAGAAAUUUAAAGCGAAGACAAAGACGAAGAAAGCACUCGUAAAGGGGAAAUGCAAACAGCGAGAUGGAGGAGAUACACCAAUCGUGGACACUUGCAGAAAUUUAUUUGGCCCUUCGGGGAUGGAUGCUCCCAGUGUUGGAGACGUGCAGGCUGAUCCAUACAGCUCAGGCAUGCUUGAUAGUGCAUCUUUGUAUAUUGAGAAGCCAUUUGUUGGUAUUUUGUGUAUUGGGAAGCCAUUUGUUGGUAUUUUGUAUAUUGGAAAUGGAAGCCAUUUGUUGGUAAAGACCUUAGAAUUUUCCUCACGAUCCUUGAAUCCUUCGCCUUCUCGCCAAGAUUAA